UUAAAUCUAUAAUCAAUAAUUAUCUACAAUUAUUUUUAAAUUCGCAAAUUAUUGCAUCAGUGAUAAAACUAAAUAUUUAAAUUAAACAAUUUCGCAAGUACGCAAGCGUCUGGAAAGUGAUUGGGCCACGUGGUUAUUGAAAACAUCAAAAUAACCUUUACAUCCAUAACAAUAAAAUCUGUCAAUUGAAAUCUCUUGUACUCAGUUCUUCUAGACCCAAAUUCUAGAUCCUUCCUCACUUGAUCACUCAUCAAAAAAACCGCAAGUCAUUCAAAAAUUAACAAUUUCACCAGCGGCAAUUUAUCCAGCUGUCAUAAAUACGAGCAUCAAGUGUCAGUUCAUGUUGUGAUAAUUUCCAACAAAAACAACUAAAUGUUCAAGUGACAAUAACAGUAAAUAAAAAAAGGUUAAACAUGAGUCGUAAUAUACGGAGAAGACAACCAGGACUAGAGUAUGGACUCUAUUUACUCGGAAUGCAAGCUGUUAAUUAUGGCGUUGAUAAAAUACCACCUGUUACACUUCUGGGUGUCAUAGUCCAGGCAUUGUUGUACAUAGGAAUGAUCCAAGUUCCUUGGAACUCUGAAGAUGUCUGCAUAUCAGCAGUAAAAAUCAUCAAGUACAAAGACUGGCGGUCAUUUCUGUUUUCAAACUUUGAACAUGGCUCAGACAUGCAUCUGUACUACAACAUGGUCUCGUUUAUAUUCAAAGGAGCUUAUCUGGAGCCGAUGUACUCAUCAGCAAACUUCGGAAUACUCCUGGGAAUUCUAUCACUUGGCUGCAGCGGGAUGUACGUAUUCCUGUCCUGGUUGCUGAUGCAAAUAACCGCGGACUACUCGUACUACACAACUUGCGCGAUUGGUUUUUCGGCGGUUCUCUUCGCGCUGAAAGUGAUCGUCGUCUGCGAGGAACGGGACCGAUUGCAUGACGUAGGAGGAUUCAGAGUCCCCAGUAAGUUCGCGGUGUGGGCAGAGCUGGUACUGAUCCACCUCCUGGUGCCCAACGCUUCCUUCGUUGGUCAUCUCGGGGGAAUUCUCGUCGGCUGUAUUUACUGUUACUCAUUUCUGGGAGCUAUUAUUGAUAGCAAAAUAAAUAUGAUUACGGGCAGGCCUAUUGUUCAUGAAGAAGCUUUUUACAGGAGACGAUCUUCGUUAUUUUUUUGAUCACUAG